CCGGGCAGCGGCAGGCAGAGGAGUGAGACGGCGGGGGCCGGAGGGAGCCUCGCCGCUCUCUCACCCGCCCAGCCCAGCCCCGGUCACCGCGGCGGCGGCGGGGGCAGGGUCCGCUGCGCCACCGCGCCACCGGCUCCGCAACCGCCGUCCGCCGCCGUCCGCGUCUUCCCACGGCGGGAGGAGGACGAGAGCUCCCGGAGAACACUUUUCCCUCGACUUCAGGAGUGUUUGUGGAUUUACAUGCCAAGCCUUCAAGAUGAUGUCCAUGAACAGCAAGCAGCCGCAUUUUGCCAUGCAUCCUACCCUACCUGAGCACAAAUACCCCUCUCUACACUCCAGCUCGGAAGCAAUAAGAAGAGCAUGUCUACCAACUCCACCGCUGCAGAGCAAUAUCUUCGCCAGCCUCGAUGAAACCCUGCUUGCGCGGGCCGAGGCACUGGCCGCCGUCGACAUUGCUGUCUCGCAGGGCAAGAGCCACCCCUUCAAGCCGGACGCCACCUACCACACGAUGAACAGCGUGCCCUGCACCUCCACCUCUACCGUGCCUCUGGCACACCACCACCACCAUCACCACCACCACCACCAGGCGCUGGAGCCCGGCGACCUCCUCGACCACAUCACCUCCCCCUCCCUGGCGCUUAUGCCCGGCGGAGGCGGCGGCGGAGGCGGUGGCGGCGGCGGCCACGACGGGGCGGGCGGCGGCGGCGGAGGGGCCGGCGGCGGGGCAGGCGGCGGCGGCGGCGGGGGAGGCGGCGGCCUCAUCUCCACUUCGGCCCACCCGCACUCGCACAUGCACGGCCUGGGCCACCUCUCGCACCCGGCCGCCAUGAACAUGCCGUCGGGGCUGCCGCACCCGGGGCUGGUGGCCGCGCACCACGGGGCCGCGGGGCAGGUGGCCUCGGCUGCGGCGGUGGUAGGAGCGGCCGGCUUGGCCUCCAUCUGCGACUCGGACACGGACCCGCGGGAGCUGGAGGCCUUCGCCGAACGCUUCAAGCAGCGGCGCAUCAAGCUCGGGCUGGCCAACCUGAAGAUCCCGGGGGUGGGCUCCCUCAGCCAGAGCACCAUCUGCCGCUUCGAGUCCCUCACCCUCUCCCACAACAACAUGAUCGCCCUCAAACCCAUCCUGCAGGCCUGGCUGGAGGAGGCCGAGGGCGCCCAGCGGGAAAAAAUGAACAAGCCCGAGCUCUUCAACGGAGGGGAGAAGAAGCGCAAGCGGACUUCCAUCGCCGCUCCGGAGAAGCGCUCCCUCGAGGCUUACUUCGCCGUUCAGCCCCGGCCCUCCUCCGAGAAGAUCGCCGCCAUCGCAGAGAAAUUGGACCUCAAAAAGAACGUAGUGCGGGUUUGGUUUUGCAACCAGAGACAGAAGCAGAAACGGAUGAAAUUUUCUGCCACCUACUAGGAGCGGGCGGGAGGAGCGGCCCCAGGGGUUUCCGGGCCGGGUCUGGGUCCAGGGGCCGCACACCCACCGUCGCCGUCGCCCGAGAUGCCGUGGGAAGCUCCUGGGGACCAAGGGACGAUGUAGAAAUUAAACGCGAACUACUC